AUGACAGAAGCUGAGACUCACCAGCUUGCAGCAGCCCUGUCUCUCAUCCCUUUAAUUUUCCUCAUCUCUGGGGCCGAAGCAGCUUCAUUUCAGCGAAACCAGCUGCUUCAGAAGGAGCCAGACCUCAGAUUGGAAAAUGUGCAAAGGCUUCCCAGUCCUGAAAUGAUCAGGGCUUUGGAGUACAUAGAAAAGCUCCGACAACAAGCUCACAAAGAAGAAAGCAGCCCAGACUAUAAUCCCUACCAAGGUGUCUCUGUUCCGCUUCAGCAAAAAGGAAACGGUGAUGAAAGUCACUUGCCAGAAAGUUCAAGGGAUCCCCUGAGUGAAGAUGAGUGGAUGAGGAUAAUACUUGAAGCUUUGCAACAGGCUGAAAAUGAGCCUCAGUCUGCACCAAAAGAAAACAAGCCCUAUGCCUUGAAUUCAGAAAAGAAUAUUCCAGUGGACAUGUCUGAUGACUACGAGACUCAGCAGUGGCCAGAGAGAAAACUCAAGCACAUGCGAUUCCCUCCUUUGUAUGAAGAGAAUUCCAGGGACAACCCCUUUAAACGCACAAAUGAAAUAGUGGAGGAACAAUACACUCCUCAAAGUCUUGCUACACUGGAAUCUGUCUUCCAAGAGCUGGGGAAGCUGACAGGACCAAACAACCAAAAGCGUGAGAGGGUUGAUGAGGAACAAAAGCUUUACACAGAUGAUGAAGAUGAUAUCUACAAGGCCAAUAAUAUUGCCUAUGAAGAUGUGGUUGGGGGAGAAGAUUGGAACCCAGUAGAGGAGAAAGUAGAGAGUCAAACCCAGGAAGAGGUAAGAGACAGCAAAGAGAAUACAGAAAAAAGUGAACAAGUCAAUGAUGAAAUGAAGCGUUCGGGGCAGCUGGGCCUCCAGGAUGAAGAUCUCCGGAAAGAGAAUAAAGACCAACUCUCAGAUGAUGUCUCCAAAGUAAUUGCCUAUCUGAAAAGAUUAGUGAAUGCUGCAGGAAGUGGGAGGUCACAGAAUGGGCCAAAUGGAGAAAGAGCAAUCAGGCUUUUUGAGAAACCACUUGAUUCUCAGUCUAUUUAUCAGCUGAUUGAAAUCUCAAGGAAUUUACAGAUACCCCCUGAAGACUUAAUUGACAUGCUCAAAACUGGAGAGAAGCCGAAUGGAUCAGUGGAACCAGAGCAGGAGCUUGAACUUCCUGUUGACCUAGAUGACGUCUCAGAGGUUGACUUAGACCGUCCAGAUCUGCUCCAAAAUAAGAUAUUCUCCAAGAAUGGCUACCCCAAGACAGCUGGUCGUGCUGUGACAGAGGCCUUACCAGAUGGGCUCAGUGUUGAGGACAUUUUAAAUCUUUUAGGGAUGGAGGGUGCAGCAAAUCAAAAGCCUCCAUAUUUUCCCAGUCAGUAUAACCGAGAGAGGGGUCUGCCGAGACUCCCCUAUGGUCCUGGAAGAUCUAGAGCAAACCAGCUUCCCAAAGGUGCCUGGAUGCCAGAAGUUGAAAACAGACAAAUGGCAUAUGAAAACCUGAGUGACAAGGAUCAAGAAUUAGGAGAGUACUUGGCCAGGAUGCUAGUUAAAUACCCUGAGAUCAUGAAUUCAAACCAGGUGAAGCGAAUUCCAAGUCAAGUCUCAUCUGAAGAUGACCUACAGGAAGAGGACCAAAUCGAGCAGGCCAUCAAAGAGCGUUUGAAUCAAGGCAGCUCUCAGGAGACUGACAAACUGGCCUCGGUAAGCAAAAGGCUGGCUGUGGGGCCCCUGAAGAAUGAGGAUACCCCAAACAGACAGUACUUGGAUGAAGAUCUGUUAAUGAAAGUGCUGGAAUAUCUCAACCAAGAAAAGGCAGAAAAAGGAAGGGAGCAUAUUGCUAAGAGAGCAAUGGAAAAUAUGUAA